AUGCAGUACAUGACCAUCGUCGCUUUCCUCGCCGCCACCGUGGCCGCCGGUCCCCAGAUCAGGGCUUACCCUUCCAUUGAUCAGAUCACCGUCGCCCAGGCCAACAAUGCUUGCGGAAACAACAUGCAGGUCACCUGCUGCAACAAGGUCACCAACACUCCUGCCGGCAACGCUGUUGGCAACGGUGCUGGUAUCCUCAACAACCUGAGCCUGUUUGAUCAGUGCUCCAAGCUUGAUGUUAAUGUUCUGGCUAUUGCUAAUGGCCUCCUUAACAAGGAAUGCCAGGCAAACGCCGCCUGCUGUCAGAACAGCGGCGGAAGCGCCACUGGUGGUCUUGUCAACGUCGCCCUUCCUUGCAUUGCUCUCAGCAGCCUUAUCUAA